AUGGGCCUCUCCAGCUCCAAACCAGAACGGCCAUCCAGGCCGUCCAAGUCCAACCUCAAACCAGGCUCGUUUACAUGUUCUCCCAACAUGUACGCAUCUUCUCCCGCACCAGUCCCAGCACAAUACAACUUCUACCCUGAUUCCAAAGCCUCGCAGCAGCAGUUCAGUUACAGCCCGGCCACAAACUUCCCACAUCCACCUCUCCCAGCUCCAUGCUCAACACACAAAGAAUCGUAUCCCCAAUAUGAUUUGCGCCCACCUCGGAAACAGAAAGGCUUCGACGUCGGCCGCCUCUCAGAGUCCAUGGUCGACCUUGCACUGGAUCUGAUAUGCGCUCAUGCCCCUGGGCCGCGAAAACAGCUUACACCUUCCACCAACGUUGCCAGCGCGGCAUACGAUGACAUUAAGCACCGUUUCGACAAUGUCAUGACACUGAUUGAUUCCGAGAGCCUAUCAGGCCACGAAAGGAAUUUGUUCCUAUGCCAGGAGCCCGCUUCUCAAAGCGGUCUCGCCCAGUAUAAACCCCAAACUCGGCCCCAACCUUACACACACGACCCAUCUCAACCAUGGCCAACUCACGACAAGUACACUUGUCGAACCCUGGGUUUCAGAGAGUCACACCCCAUUGAACAGCAGGAAAAGGGACAGCCUUCGCAAGCCGCUCACAUAGCCACCGCUGUGGUAUCGGGCAACUAUUUCUCCAAGGUAGAACUAUAUGCCAAUUCAAAACUGCCCAUGAACCUCCCCCCUCUUCGUCUAUACAUGCCGACGUGGCCCCUCCUCUGCCUGGCCGCCCAAUACUCCCACCGCGUCUACACCAGCCCGGGAGACGACGAACUAAACACGCACAUCCCCUCGUCCCUGCGCAACAACACCAAGGCAAUGCGCAUCAAGUCCGUCUCCAUGGACCACGCAAACACCAUCGUCUUCGCCAUCCGCGGCACCGCCUCCUUCUCCGACUGGGCCGUCAACCUCAACAUGGCGCCCUCGCCGCCCACAAACUUCCUCGACGACCAAGACAACUACUGCCACGCCGGGUUCCUCUCCGUCGCCCGCAAGACGGUCCGCCCCGUGGCCGCGCGGCUCAGGCAGCUGCUGGAGGAGAAUCCCGGACGGGCAGGAUACUCGCUCCUCCUGACGGGCCACUCGGCCGGCGGCGCCGUCGCGGCCCUCCUGUACAGCCACAUGCUGAGCGGCAUCGAGAGCGAGCUGACGCUGCUCGCGGGCCGCUUCAGACGCAUACACUGCGUCACAUUCGGCGCGCCGCCCAUCAGUCUGCUGCCGCUGAAGACGCCCAAGAGGAGAGAGCUCAGAAAGAGCCUGUUUCUAAGCUUCGUCAACGAGGGGGACCCCGUGGCACGGGCGUCCAAGUCGUAUGUCCGGUCUCUUGUUGCGCUGCUCGCCAACCCGCCGCCGCCAGCGGACCCGGUACACGGUCGGCCAGAGUGGAGGGUGCCGCCUUCGAAGCUCAGCAACGCGGGGAGGAUAGUGGUUCUGCGGACGGGCAAUCCGCACGCUCCCGUGACGGAGCACAAGACACUCAGGCAGAGGCUGGACGAGGGCGUGGCGGCGGUGACGUGCAAGGAGCAUCAGUUGCGGGGCGUGAUAUGGGGAGAUCCGGUGGCGCACAUGAUGAGUCUGUACGCGGGGAGGAUAGAGGUUUUGGCCGUGGGAGCGGUGACGGGGAAGAGGAGGGUGAUGUGGUGA